AUUUAGGUCUUGAAGUUAAACAGUUGUCACUGAGUAAAGUCACCGACAGUUGUGUAGACCCUCAGUAAGAGAAGCUAGUCUUUAAAAGAAGGCGACGAGAGAAAGUUCGUUUCAAAACUUUGGACGCCCACUAUACCAGACUAGGGCUGGCUUUCUCUUUACUUGUUCUUUGAUUUAUAAAUAAUUUAUUCAAUUAAUGAAAUCCGAAGGAAAAAUCUCCGAACAAAGCAAGAAUCGAAACCCUGCCAAACAGGAGGAGAGGAUAUUAUAUUAAUAUAUAUAAUUAUAUAUUUUGUAUCUUUUAAUUUUCGUGGGAUUUACCGCGUUGCUGAUGUGUUUUUUGUGUAAGUAUGGAACAAGUUGAAGUUAAAAACCAGUCUUAUUAGAUGAAGGGAGUUGUAUAUGCCUCUCUUAGGAUGUGGCGUAAUGUGGCCUUUUUAGUUUUGGUGAUGCCACUGCUGUAUGUCAGUGGUGAUUACAUUGUAAGCAGUUUCCAAAGCUCUAAAAAUGGUUCCACCAUGAAUCAUUAUGUGGUUAAUAAAAAUACCGGCAAAAUCUAUGUUGGUGCCGUUAACAGACUCUAUCAACUUUCUCCCGACUUAAAGGAGGAAAUUAAUGUGUCUACCGGACCAAUAAAGAGCAGUCCGCAGUGUCCACCACAAAAAUAUUCCUGUGAGUCUGGACAAUUUACUGAUACUUAUAACAAAGUUCUCGUUGUGAACUAUGCAUCACAGGAACUGAUUGCUUGCUCAACCCAGUUCCAUGGUAUAUGUGAAAAAAGGUACCUUGCCAACAUGUCCAUCAGCAACACCAACAAACCACUCUCCAACCCGGUCGUUGCUAACAGCCUGAAUGCAACUACUUUUGCUUUUAUUGCACCAGGACCAAGCCAAGGAAAUGGUGUUCAGCCCAACGUAUUGUAUGUUGGUGCAACCAGAACCAACAUUGGAUUAAGGAUAUACCGCGAUCUAGUGCCAGCCUUCUGUAUUCGCAAUCUCGACAAUUUUGAAAUUGCAUACAAAAGCCCUGUGGAGCAGAGUUCCAAAAAAGAAAUUGAAACCCAACAUAGAGAAACAUUCAAAGUGAACUACAUAUAUGGCUUCAGCUCUGAGAAAUUCAGUUAUAUGUUGACAGUGCAGAAAGCCAAUACCCAAGAUGAGCGUUAUGCUUCAAAGAUCUUCCGGGUUUGCCAAAAUGACAAAAAUUUCUACUCUUAUGCAGAACUAUCCUUCAAGUGUGGAAGCAACAGGGUGUAUAAUUUAGUGCAAGCUGCCUAUCUUGCUAAAGCCGGCAGCACUUUGGCACAAAAUCUUGGAAUUCCCACUACGGAAGAUGUUCUUUAUGCUGUAUUUUCUCAUGGACAGACUAACAAACUGGAACCACAGCCUCGAUCAGCACUUUGCAUUUAUCCAAUGCGGAUUGUUAGGAAAAUAUUUACCCAAAACAUUCGCCAGUGUUUCAAAGGACUUGGAAAUAUUGGUCCUGAACAUCUUACAAAGUCUACUUUGUGCCAAAAAACGAAACUCCAAAUUGAUGACAAUUAUUGUGGAACUUUAGAUAUCAACACACCAAUAGCUGGGACUGUACCAGUGGAGGUUCCCUUUACACAGGAUUUCCCUUCGAUUAUAGCUUCUGCUGUAGCUGUAUCGAUAACUUAUGAUUACACUGUGGCUUUCAUUGGAACUACCGUUGGCACCGUCAUCAAAGUGUCCAUUGAGUCAAGCCACUCUGCCAUGCCUUACGAGACUAUUCAUGUGGCCCCUGACCAAAGGAUCUUUCCUGAUCUCUACUUUGAUUUGGAUAAGGAGCAUUUGUACGCCAUGACCCCUAAUAAGCUCAGCAAGGUACGUGUGGAAGAUUGCAGUCGCUAUACAAGCUGCAGUGAUUGCAUUGGAGUCAAAGAUCCUUACUGUGGCUGGUGUACUUUAGAAAACAAAUGCUCUCUGCGAGCCGAGUGUAAAGAGGCUGACCAAGACCUUCGGUGGUUGCCAUAUACUGGACAAAACUGCUCGGCGAUCACCAGUCACUCACCAUCUCAAGUGCAGAUCAGGAAACUUGCGCAAAAAACUGUCAAAAUCACUCUGCAAGUGAUGAAUCUUCCUCAGGUGAGGGGCCAGUACGAGUGUGCCUUCUCUGCUUACGGCCGCAACCACACAUUGACUACAAAUGCUCAGAAGGCCCGCGACCAGGUGAUCUGUCGCACACCCAUCAGUAGUAAACUCCCUCCAAUUCCAACUGGCAAAGAUCAUAUCGUGAUGAAGCUGUCUGUUAGAGUUGGUGGCAAGGAUUUCGUCUCUGUAAACUUUACGUUCUUUGACUGCAACGUGCACUCCUCUUGCAUGCAUUGUAUCCAGAGCAAGUUUCCUUGUAACUGGUGCAUCAAAGAACAUUUAUGCACCACAAACAAGACGAAAAACAGUUCAGACAUUGUUCUUGGAAAUGCUUAUACCGGAUCAAAAUUAUGUCCACGGAUUGAAUAUGAUUCGGCUGUCAUACCUGUUGCCUCUGGCACAGAAAAAAGCGUUUCCUUGAAGGCAAUGAACUUAAAAGAUUUCCAAACAGAUAUCAAAUGUAAAUUCAAACUGAACCAAGACGUGAAAGUACAUGCCACUAAAACAAGCACAGACAGAAUCAUUUGUGAUCCAGUCUCAUUUUCAUAUGAGCCAGAUGUUCCCUACCGAAAUGUGCCAUUUGAGAUUACAUGGGGCCCCAACGAAAGACCUUUGGAUAACCUAGGAAGUAUACAAGUUAAAAUGUACAAAUGUGAAUCGAUGGCUACAAGCUGUGGUAUUUGCUUAACCAUGGACAAGAUAUACAGAUGUGGCUGGUGUGAGAACAAGUGCAGUAUCCGGUCACAGUGCACCAAUUACCAUUGGUUUCCUAGCUCCGAGAUUUGUCGCAAUGUGAAAAUAACUGAGUUUCAUCCAUCAAAAGGUCCAAAAGAAGGUGGAACCCUUUUGACAAUUAGAGGAGAAAAUCUUGGUAAAACAUUUUCAGACAUCAAAAAGGGAGUGACUGUGGUUGGAGCACAUUGCGAACCUAUAGAAUCAGAGUAUGUUCCUGCUCAAAAGAUUGUUUGCAGAACAGGACGCUCUUCAAAAAAGAGCGGCGCCGUCCGCGUUGUUGUGGCAACAUUUGCAUCAGCCAUGUCAGAUUUCUUUUAUCAAUAUGUGGUACCAGAAAUUAAUGGACUGGAGCCAACAAUGGGACCCAAAGAUGGUGGCACUAGAGUCACUGUCAAAGGUGAUCAUCUUGAUGCUGGAUACGAAAAGUCUAUCACGAUCGCAGGUUUGCCAUGCAGGAUUGAACGUGUUGAACGCCGUGAACUAGUUUGCGUCACACAGUAUGCAGACAGGUUGAUGCGAGGUAUGGUAAAUAUGACCAUAGACCAGACUGUCAUCAACUCCAACAAUGUUGAUUACUCUUAUGUGGUUAAUCCAAAAGUCUCGGAUAUCGUACCAAAGAAAAGUGUUUGCGGUGGUGGUAUACCUAUGAAUGUGUAUGGACAAAACUUCAGCAUCAUUCAACAGCCACAAAUGAUAGUUUGGGUUCGUAAUAAAGAAUACCGAGGGCAGGAUUGCAGUCAGAUGAGAGAUUCCCAUUUGAUCUGUUACUUCCCAAACAUCACGGAACCAGUCACCAGUGGUAACAUUAAUCUUCCACAAAGAUUCUCCUAUGGUUUCCACAUGGACAAUGUUACCAAUCUACUGAACCUAACAGACUAUCUUGGCACUGUUGAAGUACAGGAUAACCCUAUCUUCUCAAAGUUCACUGAGAAAGUGAAAUCUCAUCUCUACACCAAUGAGUACCUCACUAUCAAUGGACAGAAUCUUAACAAAGCAGUAGAUGAGGCACAUGUCAGUGUCCGCAUAGGUAUGGGCCGCUGCAAUGUGACCUCUAUAGCUUCAUCGCAACUGACUUGCCAGCCACCCAAAGUUCAGCCAGAAGCCAUGUCAGAUAGCGAUUAUCCCGAAGUCAUUGUUCGAGUUGGUCGUAAUCUGACCUAUCAUAUUGGGUUCCUGCGCUAUGAAGAGCCCGAAGGAACAUCAUUACAUAUGGUGAUUGGCUUAGCUGUGGGUGGUGCCGUGCUCUUGUUGAUUGUAAUUAUUGUUGUUAUUGCUUACCGCGUCAAAUCAAAACAGAGCAACACCAUGAAGAAGCAGUUACAUGAGCAAAUGGACCAGUUGGAGUUAAAAGUUGCCCAAGAAUGCAAAGAAGCAUUUGCUGAGCUACAAACUGACAUGACAGAGCUGAAUAAUGAUAUGAGUGGCCAAGUAUCAAUUCCUUUCUGGGAUUACCGAACUUAUUGCAUGAAAGUCCUCUUCCCAGGUGAUAAGGACCAUCCUGUUACUAAGUACCAGCCCAACUCAUCCAAUUUAAACAGCAAGCCUCUUCAGCUUUUCAUGCAGUUGAUAAAGAAUGCAACAUUCUUGUUAACGUUUAUACGCACUUUAGAGGCGCACCAGUCAUUUACAAUGCGAGAUCGAGUCAAAGUUGCAUCUUUGAUCUCUGUUACCUUGCAAUCAGACAUGGUUUACGCCACCAGCAUUCUAAAGACAUUGCUGGAGGAUUUAAUAAAGCGUUCCAUUGAAGGCAAUAAUCACCCCAAAUUACUGCUCCGAAGGACUGAAUCAGUAGCAGAAAAAAUGCUUAGCAAUUGGUUUACAUUUUUACUUUAUCGGUUCCUCCAGGACUGUGCCGGAAAACCCUUAUUUUUGCUGUUCCAAGCAAUCAAGCAUCAGGUAUCAAAAGGCCCCGUUGAUGCUAUCUCCAGUGAAGCUAAGUACUCCCUGAGUGAAGACAAACUGAUUCGUCAGCAGAUAGAUUUCCGCACGCUGACAAUAAAUGUGUGUGACACAGAGCAGUUUAGCCAACCAUAUGUUCCAGUCAAAGUACUCGACUGUGACACCAUCACACAUGUCAAGGAGAAAAUCAUGGAUGCCAUCUACAAGAAUGCUCCAUUUAGUAGACGGCCACCCAUAGAGAGCUUAGACCUUGUCUUAUUUGCUCAACCUCCAGAAUGGCGUUCAACCCCCAACGAGAUCCUCAUCCUCAAUGAUGAAGACAGCACCUCAAAGAUCGAGGGUGACCUCAAACGACUCAAUUCACUCGCGCACUACAAGGUCAAUGAUGGCGCUUAUAUGGCACUUAGGAAGAAACAAACUCCUGUAAACACUGGACCCCCUCUACAAGAAAAGCCAACCUUUUAUAAAUAUGAACGUUUAAUUUCAGAAAAUUCUCUCUACACCCGUAGCCCAUCUUUAGGUCGUACUGUCAAUUCUAGUGGUAUACCUAAUGAUGGAGAAAACAAUAUACGCAAAUAUCAUUUGGUAAAACAACAUGAUUCACCAACACAUAGAGAGGGAGAUCGAGGAAGCAAAAUGGUCAGUGAAAUUUAUCUCACAAGACUGCUAACAACUAAGGGUACUCUUCAACAAUAUGUUGAUGAUUUGUUUGAACGAAUAUUUAGUACCACCCAUCGCGGUCAAGUAUUACCCCUGGCCAUAAAAUAUAUUUUUGACUUCCUUGAUGAGCAAGCCCAGCUCCAUAACAUUGAGCCUGAAGUUGUACACACAUGGAAAUCCAACAGCCUUCCUUUGCGAUUCUGGGUAAAUAUUAUAAAAAAUCCCAACUUUGUCUUCGAUAUCCACAAAUCUCAUAUCGUCGACUCCUGCCUAUCGGUGACUGCCCAGACGUUCAUGGACAGCUGUUCAAUGAGUGAGCACCGGUUAGGAAAAGAUUCUCCUUCCAGCAAGCUGCUAUACGCCAAAGAUAUUCCUAAAUAUAAGGCAUGGGUAGAUCGUUAUUAUGAAGACAUCAAAUCUAUCAUACCAAUAUCAGACCAAGAUAUGAAUUCUAUGUUACAAGAAGAAUCACGACUACAUUGCCAUGAGUUCAACACAGAAGCAGCGUUAAAUGAAUUGUACAAAUAUGUUGACAGUUAUAGUUGUAAGUUGUUGCAAGCUUUAGAAUCUGAUGAAACUGCCAGUCGGAGUAAGUUGGACCUGAAACUACAACAAGUGAUGAACUUGAUAAAUAAUGCCGACCAAUCUUAUUGAUGUUGCUGCCAAGACCAAAAAUAUAAAUAUAAAAAAAAAAUUUCAAAAAAUUUUAAAAAUAAACAAAAAAAUACAAAUGAAAAAUACAAACACAACCACCAAACAACCUAGCAUCCCUUACCUGCCUCCCGCAUCACCUACUGCUACCAAAGGAAUAAUGACACUUCUUAGGGUGCAGUCUCUGUUGUUUUUUUUUUUAAUAUCUACACGCCAUCACCACCACCACCAUCAAUUAAACUACUGAUCUUAAUACCAAACUGCUCUACUGCUGCCACUGCUCUCAAAGAGGCAUGGUAUGGGUGGUUUGGAAGUUGGCGGGGGGAUAAAUAAAAUAAAAUGAGGACUAAAAUUUAAAUAAAAGAUAUAUAUAUAUAAAAUUCAUACCAAAUUUAAAAAAACAAGAAACAUUACAAAGAAAUAAAACUAUAAAUGAAAUAUAAAAAAAAUAAAUAAAAAAAUUCAAACUUGGAAAAAUUCAAAACGGAAAACAAAGAAAAAAAAAACAAAAACAACAAGGAGUUAAGUGAGCGAGGAUAAAUGAAGGGGAUGUUGUUGUUAACAAUGAUGAUGAAGAAGGAGGAGGAAGAGAUGAAAGAUAGGUGGAGGGUGACUGGGUAAAGGGAUGUCAGCUAUUUUUUUUUUUGCUUGGAAAUAUUGCAAAAGACCAUUUUUUAUAAGAAAAAGAUAUAAAUUCCAGAUCCAGUAGCAGAUAUAAUUUAUCUGGGAGGUGGGAGGCCUUUAAUCUACUUUUAAUGACUGGUCUUUGUUGUUGGUUUUUCAUUAUAAUCCCUUCAAAUUUUAGGCCUUAUGUGUGCAUGGUGUCAUAAAUUAUACAUAUGCAUGUACAUAGAUAUAUAUAUGUGUGUAUAUAUAUAUAUAUAUAUACUCACACACAUAUUCUAGACAUACAUUCUUGUACAUUAAACCUCAUACCAUGGUUUCAUGUGGAUUAUCCUAGUGAAUCCUUUUGAUCAUCAGUGGACAACAUUACAGACAUUUCUCCUGAGAAGUAAUCUCUGUUGAAGACAUUGAUUUAACCUUCUAGAUUACAUACACUUGAAUUUCUAUUAUUUUCAACACAUGCAUGCACAUACACACUCACACACACACAUUUAUAUACAUGCAUAUACACAUAUAGUGAACAAUUUGUUUAAAAAAAAAAAACCAGAACACCAUAAACACAUUCUGUGUGUAUAUGUACAUAUAUGUAUGUGUGUGUGUAGAAGUAUAUAUAUAUAUAUAUAUAUAUAUAUAUACACACACAUGUAUAUAUAUAUAUAUACAAAGUUUAGUGAAAUCCCAAUGCCAGCCCACCUCUCCUCCACCUCACAAAGAAGACAUAAAAGCAACAUAGAACUUUUAAACCAGUCAAGGAAUGUGUCCUCACAACAAAAUUCAUACUGUUAACAGCCUGUUUGUAAAUUGCAAAGUUUUCGAAAAACCAAAGUGUGUGGAUGUGUGCGUUUGCUUGCUUGGGUAUGAAUGCAUGAGUGACUGUUUUUUUUUUUUUAAAUAACUAAUUUUAGUUUUUAUUUUCCUAUCAUGUCAGAAUUGAGUGUGUGUGUUUAUAUCCUCUCUGUCUCCUCUAUAAUUAUUAUUAUUAUUAUUAUUAUUAUUAUUAUUAUUAUUAUAACUUCUAUUACUGCUACCGGACUACAUAUAUUGAUUCACCCACCUGCCCAACCACUCACCAACACAAACUUACAAAACACUCUCCACUUUCCCAAUCACCAAAAUAUCUUGUCACAGUGCUACAUAUAUAUAUACACAUAUAUAUUUAUAUAUUUGUGUGUGUAUAAGUGUAUAAACAUUAAUGUAUGUAUGUGCGUGUUUGUGUGUGUGUAUGUGUGUAUACACAGUAACUACAGUCAGCAGGAUUAUACUUUUACUAUAUAUAUACACACACAUACACACACAUUUGUAUAAUGUGUGUAUUUACUCUCCUUUGCCCUCUUUAUAAAGAAAGAAAAUUUUAAAGAAAAAAUAAAGAAAAACAAGAACCACCGCCACCUCUACAUAAGCACACAUUAAACAUAACAAAACUAUAUAAUUUUUUAUAUCUCAAAAAAAAAUAUAUAUAUAAAUAAAUAUAAUGUAAAUGAACAUGAAACCAAAAAAAA